AUGGCACAGAGGGACUGGCAGGGUUGCAGUGAUGGGUACGGCCAGGUGCGGUACAGGAAGCAUUUGGAGCUGGUUACUGUGCGAGGCGGCUCUGGAUUGGGAUGUGGGUCGUGGGAGUCUGUCAGCGUAGGAGGGUCGCAGUAUUGGAGCAGUCGGUGCAGGAAGGCCACAAUUCGGUGCGGUUGCUUCUGCGGCGCUGUGGUGCGAUAUGGUAUGGUCAAACGUCGGGUUAUUGUUGCUGCACUAGGGCUUGGUUAUGGCAUUGUCGCGAAGUUGGUGCGAGUGGAGCAAAGUCGCGCAAGGGAGCAGUGAGUUGAUGAUUCUUGGUGACAAUUUGCAACACGUAGCGGCAAUCGGCGACACUUCGCGGUGAACUGCAAUAACCUGCGGCACUUGACGAUAGGGCCAACGCGGUGAUAAGCUUUGCGUGGUAAUAGGUCCCACAUGUAAAGAAAGCUUAUUACGGUCAUAAGGCCACGCCGUGACAGGAGCACUUGGUUGUAGAAGCCACACGGUCAAGGGCCAGCGUGGUCAUAGGCGACAGUGCACAAUAAGAAGGCUUAAAAUUCUCAAAGAAAUAUCUAUCUAUCUAUCUAUCUAUCUGCCCAAAACUCCUAAGUGACAAGUUUGGAAGUUUACUCCAAGAGCAUACAAAAUCCAAACUUGACCAUCUUUGAAUCAUUUUUAUAUAAAAGAUGUCCAAAGAAGCCAAUGG